AUGUCAUCGUGCUUGCCUAGAGAAGACCGUGCUGACUUCGCGUACCAUUUGAGUUUGCUGGAGCUUGAUGAGUCCGAUGGCCAGUCUGACGAAGCACUUCUUGCCCCGGUACUGACUGGUGCGGUUCUCAACCAACCAUCGCUGGGCCCUACGCAAUAUGGACUACUAGGGGGCGUGAAGAGAAUUGAUACGCCUUCAUACCCUACCAUGAACGAUGAAGUGACGAAAAAUGAUCCCCGGUUAUUUUUCAACGUUUCAUCACCGUCGAGUGUGUUUAUCUGCGGAUCCCAGGGAACUGGAAAGAGUCACACGCUGUCUUGUUUACUAGAAGGGUGCUUGAUCCCAUCCAAAGCCGGCAGACUGUUGAGUCCCUUGACAGUUGUCGUAUUUCAUUACGAUACCUUUAUCUGUGACGGUGGUGGCUCGCCCUGUGAAGCUGCCUUUCUAUCGUCUCGUCUGGAUCUGAAGGUCAGAGUGCUUUGUGCUCCGACUAACCUUCGUACUAUCAAGAUAAGGUGGGCAAGCAUUACAGAAGCUCACACUGCUUACAAUACUACAGGAUUCAACAUCGAGGUACAACCUUUGCAAACUGAUCAGUCCCAUCUCAAUACCAAGCGAAUGCUGGAUCUCAUGUCAGUUGCCCGGGAUAGCGGCGCUGGCCCAUUAUACUUGCAGACUGUUCAACGGAUAUUACGAGAGAUGCGCCUGCUCCAACAAAGCACAGGACUUCCGUUCGACUAUCAAGACUUCAAGACCAGGGUACUUGGUUCUGGACUGCUGACUGGUCAAUUGGAGCCCUUGAAGCAAAGGUUGAAUUUUCUCGAGAGCUUCAUGCCACCCCACCAGGCAAGCACGGGUUACAAAUUCAAGAAAACGAAGGCCAAAACCCAAGAUGGAGCUUCAAACUGGGCACCAAAGUUGACCAUCGUUGAUCUCUCAUGUCCUUGUGUUUCCCCUGAUACCGCCUGCAGCCUUUUCAACAUUUGUUUCGAAAUAUUUAUGGAACAAGAUACCAAUAUUGGUAGGAUCGUCGCCCUUGAUGAGGCCCAGAAGUAUAUGAAAGAUUCUGUCGAAGCCCAGAAUUUUAUAGACACCCUUCUCUCUACUGUUCGACUACAACGUCACCUCGGUGCUCGCAUCUUUGUUUCAACUCAGGAGCCAACCAUCUCCAGCGACCUUCUCGAUCUAUGCUCUGUCGCUAUUGUCCAUCGAUUCCCAUCGCCUGCAUGGGUUCGUGCAUUACAACCUCACGUAGCUGCGGCAGCCUUAAAUCUACACGUAACGAAAGAUAGUCAGGCAAAGAAUGAGCAGGCACUCCUCGAUAUUCCGGCAAAGCUCUCUAUCUUUCACCGGAUCGUCAACCUUAAAAUAGGCGAGGCGCUGCUCUUUUCGCCGGGUGCCAUGCUAAGCAUCGUGUCUGAAGAGCCUGAGCUACAAGAAAUGGUCAGAUUAGGCUCCGGAUAUAUGACUAUCAAGGUGCGAGGCAGACUCACAGACGACGGCGGAAAAAGUGUGUUAUCCACUUGA